GUAAAAUACAUAUUUAUUUCAGAAAACGAAUUUUUCAGUUGACUACCUGGCGAUGUCUUAGUAACAUCUCACUCGGAUAAGAAAGCAGCAUAAUGUUUAAAGCUUACGUCAAUUUAUUCAGAGGGACUGGUCCUCAACUGUUAUGUAUGCUCUUUGGUACUCUCAACGCUCUCUCUGAUGGUAUGCAUUAUGGUUGGACUGCACCAACAAUACCAAUUCUACUCGAAGAAGAUAGUCCAAUCAAAAUAACACAAAAUGAUGUUGUUUGGUUAGAAGCAUUAUACAUGAUAUUUGGUCUAGUGAGCUUACCAUUAACAGUAUACUUAGCUGACAAGAUCGGAAGACAAAAGUCGGUUCUUGUGGCCUCAGCAACAAGUCUGAUUGGUUGGACCUUAAUAGGUACUGCAACCAGGGUUGAAUACCUGUACAUAGCAAGAAGUUUGGUAGGAGCUGCAGCUGAUGUAGCCUUCGUAUGUUCACCCAUGUAUGUUGCUGAGAUAGCCCACGAAAAAAUUCGUGGCUUUUUAGCUGGCACUAUCUACGUAAUGGAACUAGGUGGUGUCUUUUUGAUCUACUGCAUCGCGCCUUUCGUAUCUAUACGUAUCCCACCUAUAGUAGGAGCAUGCAUCGUCACAACACAACUCAUCAUAUUCCCUUUUAUGCCUGAAUCUCCAUAUUUCCACCUAUACAAAGGGAAAGAAGAGGCUGCAAGAAAAUCUUUGAGAUUCCUCCGUGGAACAGAUGACAUAGACGAAGAGUUCAAGGCUAUACAUUCUGCUAUAGAGAGACAAAAAGCUGAAAAAGGAAGACUACAAGAUUUAAUUUUAGUUAAGAGCAACAGAAGAGCCAUAUGGGUCAUGACUAUUCUUAACUGUGGUCAACACAUGAUUGGUUUCUCAGCUAUACUGAUGAAUCUUCACACCAUCCUGAGUGCUGCUGAUGUCACGUUUGUAAGUUCCGACUCAGCUGCAAUUGUAUAUUCGGGCAUCAUGAUGUUAGCAUCCAUAGUUGCCAGUUUGAUUGUAGAUAAGUUUGGACGUAAAGUGCUGGUGAACAUAUCUUGCAUCACUGCGGGAUUGUGUCUUUUAGGUAUUGGUGUAUUCUUCCAAUUGAAGGCUUCUGGUGUUGAUGUGAAAGCUUUGAGCUGGAUUCCUAUAGUGUUUAUCAUGUUCUACGCCGCAUUCUUCAAGUUUGGAAUAGGUACGAUUCCGAUAGUGAUGACAGCAGAGAUAUUUUCUGCUAAGGUUAAAGCUUUAGGAAUGAGUGUAGCGGAUGGGAUGUACGUUUUUUUCUCAACUGUUUCCAUAUACGCUUAUCAGUGGUUGAACGAAACGUAUGGGAUGCAUUUUGUGUUUUACAUGUUUAGCGCCUUUUCUGCUUCUACCUUCAUUUUGACUAUGAUAUUUAUUCCCGAGACUAAAGGAAAGACACUCGAAGAAAUACAGCUCAUGCUAAAGAAGUGACAUGGAGGAGAAUCAUAAAUAAAAAAUGUAUUGAAUAAAUAACAAAAAAAUUGUAAACAACGAAAAUAUAUGGAUUACAAAAAAACCUUUUACUUGUAUUUUUGUGCAAUAAUAAAAAGUUUCUCACUUGUUUCGGAUGAUGAUAGUGCUUGCGA